AGCCCAAACUCCUUCCGUGCUUCACCCCUCCUCCUCUCCCUCCCCCUCCCCUCUCCCGCGCCGGGACGCACUGCUGACAUGGCCGCCAACUGCAUCUUCUGCAAGAUCGUGCGGGGCGAGAUACCGUCUGCGAAGGUGGCGGAGUCGUCCAAGGCCUUCGCUUUUAUGGACAUCGGCCCCCUCGCCCGCGGACACGUCCUCGUCAUCCCGAAGACGCACGCCGCCUGCCUGCACGCGCUAGAUCUGGAGAGCGCCGCAGAUGUUGGUUUGUUGGUGGCGAAGGUCUGUCGUGCGGUGGCCGGCCCUGAUGGGUCGACGCAGUACAAUGUUCUACAGAACAACGGGCGCAUGGCGCAUCAGGAGGUUCCGCACGUACACUUCCACGUCAUCCCGAAGCGGGACACGAGCACCGGUCUGCAGAUUGGCUGGGACACGAUCAAGGUGGCGCCGAACGAGCUCGCUGAGGAUGCGAAGCAGUACAGUGCUGCCAUCGAGAAGCUGCAGUAG